ACUUGCAAAGUCUUGUAUUUUUCAUCGCGACCGGCAUCGAUCAUCGCGUCUCAUCCCAAAAAUCUCCGAUUCGUCGAUCGAAAAGCAACAAUCCAAAAACCUCUUCAAUGGACCCCAACGAUCUCUCAUCUCUACCAGAAGAAAUCUCUGAAGAAGAAGAAGCGGCUCCUUCUUCCGCUUUUGAUCAGUCCUCAAUCCCUCCCCGCCCCGAUCCUCAGAAUUUACGAGAAAAGUACUCGCCUUUGGAUUGGGCUGGAUAUUUUGAUAAGGAAGAAGAUAUCAAAAUUCCCGAAUCGAAUAAUGUGUUUCAUGUUUACUUGGCUGGAUCUGAAGGGCCUGUUGUUUUUUGUCUACACGGAGGUGGUUACUCAGGGCUUUCCUUUGCAUUAACUACAAGAAAAAUCAAAGAAAGGGCUCGGGUUGUAGCUAUGGAUCUGAGAGGUCAUGGAAAGUCAUCCACCGAUAAUGAUGUGGACUUAUCUAUUGAUACUCUAUGCAAUGAUGUUUUGGCUGUUCUGAAGGCAAUGUACGGAGACUCUCCACCUGCAAUUAUACUAGUUGGACACAGUAUGGGUGGUUCUGUGGCUGUGCAUGUAGCUGCAAGGAAAGUCGUGCGCAGCGUGGCUGGCCUUGUUGUUGUUGAUGUUGUUGAGGGAACAGCCUUGGCAUCAUUAAUCCAUAUGCAGAAAAUUCUAUCAAACAGAAUGCAACAUUUCCCCACUAUCGAAAAAGCAAUUGAGCGGAGCGUCAGAGGAGGCUCCCUAAGAAACAUUGAAUCGGCCCGUCUAUCUAUUCCAUCAACACUAAAGUUUGAUGAUUCAAAGAAAUGUUAUACAUACCGAACUCCACUUGAAGAAACAGAGAGUUACUGGAGAGGCUGGUAUGAAGGCCUUUCUGAGAAGUUCUUAUCAUGCCCAGUGCCAAAGCUCUUAUUGUUAGCAGGAACGGAUAGAUUAGACAGACCUCUUACUAUUGGUCAAAUGCAAGGCAAGUUUCAGCUGGUGCCUGUCCGUGGAACUGGGCAUGCUAUACAGGAAGAUGUACCCGAAGAAUUUGCAGAAUAUGUUCUGAACUUUAUCUCUCACAAUCGAAUUGGACCUAAUGGUGUUGAGAUACCAGGUUUAAGUAAGUGGACAAAGAAAUAGAGCAGAGUUCCAGGACUUGGGCAAUGUGAAAUAAAUAAAAGUGACAUUUUAGCUGAGCACACAACAGAGACGAGAGGCAAAGGCGCAAUGUGAAAGAUACUUCUUUGCAGAUUUCGUUCCGAUGGCAUUAGCCAUCUCUGUGACAUGUGAUGUAGUCAGAUUUCUAUGGAAUGUUACCUAAAGGAAAGACAGGAAAGGAGAGUGGUUUUAGCAUAUGCAGCUCUUCUUGGUGCGUCCGCAGAGAGAGAGAUGUAUCCUUGUAUGUUUCAACUCGUAUUUCAGUAGACGUGCGGAUAUCUUUGCCGUGUGAUCUAUAAGAAUCAAAUGCUAAAUUCAGAUGA